UUUGCUGUACAUUUUCUUCUCAGCGUUGACUUCAGUUCAAGGAGUUGAUGGAUUCUCCUUCUUUUUCUUUCUCUCUUUCUUCUCCUUCUCCUUCUUCUUUAUCCUCCAUUUCUCGAUUCAUGCACGACGUGUUCAUCAAUUUUAAACGAGAAGACACUAGCAAGACUUUCGUUUCUGAUCUCGACGUUGCCCUCUCCAAAGCCGGAAUCGAAUCUUACAUCGAUUAUCACCGCCAUAAUGGAACCGAUCUGGAUCCAGAACUAUUGGAAGCAAUAGAAGAGGCUCGUAUUUCUAUAAUUGUUUUCUCCAAAAACUAUGCAGAAUCUAGUUGGUGUCUUAACGAGUUGGAAAGAGUUAUGGAAUGCCGCGGAACUCUUGGCCAAUUUGUUGUCCCUGUGUUUUAUGAUGUUAACGCUUCCGAUGUUCGUCACCAGAAGGGUGAUUUUGGAAAGGUUUUGAGGGCUACUGCAAAAGAAGCAUACUUUCGUUCACAAGGAAAAGAGAAGAUGAAAAAUGUGUUGUCAAAUUGGAGCAAUGCACUCACCCAAGCUGCUAAUUUGUCUGGUUUGCAUGUCAGCAAUUACAGGUAUCAAGAUGAACUAGUGCAGCAAAUUGUUGAAAGUGUUAUGAGAAAGCUAAAAAAAGAAUCUCUGUUUAUUGCCUUGUUUCCGGUUGGACUUGAGUCCUAUGUGCAAGAAGUGACUGACUUCAUAGAAUAUCAAUCAAACAAAGUUUGCUUGAUAGGGAUAUGUGGAAUGGGUGAAUCUGGUAAAACAACCACAGCCAAAUCCAUCUACAAUCAAAUUCAUUGGAAUUAUAUGAACAAAAGUUUCAUUGGAAAUGUUAGAGAAGUUUGUGAAGAAAAUAACGAGAUUAUUCAGUUACAACAACAACUACUUUUAGAUAUCACAAACACAAAUGUGAUGAUACAUAGCAUUGCAUCAAGGGAAAUGAUGAUCAAUAAUCUUUAUGGCACUAAAUUUCUUGGCAAAGCUAUACUUGUUAUACUAGAUGAUGUGACCGCAUUUUAUCAGUUAAAAGCGCUAUGUGCAAAUCCUAGAUUGUUUGGUCCAGGAAGUGUAUUCAUUGUUACAACUAGAGAUGUACACCUGCUUAAGCUAGUUAGGGCUGACUAUGUCUGCACAAUGAAGGAAUUGGAGGAAAAUGAGUCCCUUGAGCUUUUCAGCUGGUAUGCUUUUAGACAACCUAUUCCAAUGAAAAAAUUUAAUAAACUCUCGAGGAAUGUAGUUGCUUAUUGCGGAGGAUUACCAUUGGCUCUUGAAGUCCUUGGUUCCUACUUAUUUGAGAGGACAAAAGAAGAAUGGAUAACUGUCCUCUCAAAACUAAAGAGGAUUCCCAAUGAUCAAGUGCAACAGAAAAUGAGAAUAAGUUAUGAUGCUUUAAUGGAUGAUACGGAAAAGGAUAUAUUUCUUGAUAUAUGUUGUUUCUUUAUAGGUAAGGACAGAGCCUAUGUUACAGAACUACUAAAUGGUUGCGGAUUUCAUGCUGAUAUUGGGAUAGCCGUCCUCGUAGAGCGAAGCCUUGUAAAAAUUGAGAAGAAUAACAAGCUUGUAAUGCAUGAUUUAAUAAGAGACAUGGGAAGAGAAAUUGUCCGCGAAAGUUCACCUAGAGAGCCUGGGAAGUGUAGUCGGUUGUCGUUUCAUGAGGAUGUACGUCAUAUUUUGACCACCUGUAAGAACUUUAAUAACUCUGAUAAGAAAAAGUGA